CUCUCUCUCUCUCUCUCUCUCUCUCUCUCUCUUUCCCUAUCUUUCUCUAGCCUUUACAAGCUCUAAACACAAUACCAUAGGAAUCAUAAGCCACUCAUGACCUAAUCACCAUCUUUCUAUUUAUUCAUCCUUCCUUCAUCCUUUUUUCUUUCACUUUAUUAUCUCUCUCUGAUCAAUCUCUCUCUUUCUUUCCUCUUUUUUUUUUUAAUUUAUUUUAUUUAUGUUUGUUUGCAUGACUUGAUCAUCAUCAUCAUCAUCAUCUUGAUCUUGUUCUUGUUCUCUGUUUGUUGCUCUUGUGAGCUUGAAUUCAUGGCCACUGCCACUUCCACCACCUUCCCUGAUCUCUCACUGCAGAUAAGCCCUCCUUCUGUCACCACCACCACCACCACCGGCGAUGAACAAGCAGGGAGAGCCCUGAUCGGAGACUAUAAUUCCAUGACAGACUCCGGCAGCAGUGGAGGAAGUGAAGCAAGCCAUGAGCAACCCAUGUUUCACAGAGCAACAAGGUUGAGUUUAGGGUUUGAUGCCAGUCAAGAUAAUCAAAUACUAGACCAAAGACUUGUUCAACACUGUCAUCAUCCUCAUCCUCAGAUCUAUGAGUUUAAGAGGAAUUCCAAGCAGGGAAAUGGUGGCAAGAGAAGCAUCAGAGCUCCAAGGAUGCGCUGGACCACCACUCUCCAUGCUCACUUUGUUCACGCCGUUGAGCUCCUCGGUGGCCAUGAAAGAGCAACUCCAAAAUCAGUUCUGGAACUCAUGAACGUGAAGGAUCUAACACUGGCUCAUGUGAAAAGCCACCUUCAGAUGUAUAGAACAGUGAAGAGCACUGACAGAGGAGCAGCAGGCCAACCAGCUCAGGUUGCAGCAGCUGCAGACAUGGUGGUGUGUGUGGAGAAAUCUGGGUUCAUACCUUCCUACACUUCUCUCUGCUCACCAACCCCACCAUCACAACCACUACCAAACUCCAACUCUAACUCUCCCAGAGGGUCAUACUCAUCACUUGAGGACAAUAAUUGGAAUCCUUCAAUAGCUCCUAAAGCUCCAUCAAACCCUUAUCUCACUCAUGAAAACUUUCAAAGAGAUGAAAACAAGAACACGAGAGUCUCGCAAUCGGAGAAUAUCGAGUCCGGCUCACCGAAGAAGCUGCCUAACCUAGACAUCACAUUAGGAAGACAAAGUUGGCAAAUGGAACACACUGAAUCCUCAAAUGAAUUGACACUCCUCAGGUGCUUAUGAUCAAGUUUCACAUAAACUAAUAUGGCUUUCAGGCAAAAGGGACAAAAAAAAA